GCGCAAUGCUGCCGGGGCUGUAGGCCGCAGAGCCACUUGUGUUUGGUGACGAGAGGCCGGGCGGAAGGUGCACGGUGUCGGGGGCUGAGCCGGAGCGGGCUGUCGUCUGCCCGCGGCCAUGGAUUUAGAGGACGAGUACUACCCGGAUGGGGAAGAUGAUGGUGGAGCAACGCCAGUACAAGAUGAACAUAAUUCAGACUCGGAUGAUCAGGAAGACUCGACUGAACACCGUGCUGCAUCUGAAGGCAGCAGUGUGGGACAUCACUCUGAGGAUGAAAGCCACAAAGAAGAUCAGAGUGAUGCAGAAGGCAUUGACGGCCCUGGCCACCCACAGAGCAGGGAGGACAACCACGUUAGCAGUGAUUCCGAGAGUGAGGAACCCAAGAAGGCUCGUAGUGUUGAGCAAUCAGAGGAUGAAGCAGGCAGUGAUAAGGAGAACCACUCCAUAAAUGAAGACAGCAGCGGAGAGCAGGAAGGGAGCCGUGAUCGAAUGAAUGACACAGAUAGUGAAAAAGAUGUGAGAAUAUCACUGGAACACAAUGAGAGCCGAGGAGCCAGUGAGGACGACGGUCCCGUGCCUCACAUUGCAUCCAACAGUGAUGGUGAGCAGGAUGAGGAAGAUGGGGAGGAAACAGUGAAGAGGAAGAAGCCAGUCUUGUCUGAUAGUGAAGAUGAGAAAGAAGUUCUGAAUAAAUCUGCAAAGAAAAGUCGUUUGAUGUCGGACAGUGAGGACUCAGACAGUGACUUUUCCCCCACUAAGAAAAAGCCCAAUGCCUCAGGUGGGGAGGAAUCAGACAGUGACGCUAGUGUUUUGAAGAGAAAACAAGAUGCCUCAGCUGGCGAGGAUUCCGAUAGUGAUGCUGACGUUGCUACGGCAAAGCGCGUUGUUUCGGACGAUGACAAUUCUGACGACGAUGCCGACAUUUCAAAAGCCAAACACGUGGUCUCUGACAUCGAUGACUCGGACAGUGACUCCAAUGCCAAUGUGAAAAAGCAGGUUGUUUCUGAUGCCGAGGAUUCUGAUAGCAACACAGGUAUUAGGAAAAAGCAGGCCUUCUCCAAUGAUGAUGAUUCAGAGAGCGACACUGCUCCUAAGAAAAAACGUGUCGUAUCAGAGGAAGAGGACUCCAACUCGGACAGUGAUGCCCCUGCUAAGAAAAAACGCGUCCUUUCUGCUGGUGAGGAUUCUGACAGUGAUGCAGAACCAGAAAAACAAGAGUCUAAUGGUGUCUUAUCUGACAGUGACGAGGACGAAGAGAAUAAGGAACCCUCUCAAAAAGCUGAAUCUGGCCUGUUCGGUAGCGACAGUGACUCUGAGGAUGAGGCUGGUGUUGGAAACUUGAUAGCUGACAUUUUUGGUGAAUCGGAUGAUGAAGGGGAAGAGUUUACAGGCUUUAACCAAGAGGACCUGGAUGGUGAAAAGGCUGCUCUCGAGACAGAGAGGAAGAAAAUGGUUGCUGAAGAGUCCGACUCGGACAAUGAGGUUCGAGGGAAAGGGCGAGACUCUGAUUUCGUGUCUGACUUUGAGAUGAUGCUGCAGAAGAAGAAAGAUCAAAACCGGAAGCGGCGACGAAAUCGGGAUGGCGGCACUUUUAUUAGUGACGCGGAUGAUGUAGUUAGUGCCAUGAUCACCAAAAUGAAUGAAGCUGCAGAGGAGGAUAGACAGCUCAAUGGCCAGAAGAAGCCAGCCUUGAAGAAGCUGACUCUUCUCCCCACAGUAGUGAUGCAUUUGAAAAAACAGGAUUUAAAGGACACAUUUAUUGACAGUGGGGUCAUGUCUGCUAUUAAGGAAUGGCUCACCCCAUUACCUGACAAGAGUCUACCACAUCUGAAGAUCCGUGAGGAGCUUCUGAAGAUACUGCAGGAGUUGCCCAGUGUGAGCCAGGAGACUCUGAAGCAUAGUGGGAUUGGACGUUGUGUGAUGUACUUGUAUAAACAUCCCAAGGAGAACAGAAGCAACAAGGAACUGGCUGGAAAACUUAUCAAUGAGUGGUCGAGACCAAUCUUUGGCCUGACGUCAAAUUACAAAGGUAUGACGCGGGAGGAACGAGAGCAGAGAGAUAUUGACCAGAUGCCAAUGCGGCGACGCCUGAGCAGAGACCCUAGGGACGAAGACAGCGAUGAUAAUGCAGCUGAUGUCGUUUCUCCAGAUCAAGGACGCUACUACAGUUCUGGUGGACAAACCCCACGCAGAGAUCUUGAGAAGGUGUUAACAGGAGAGGAGAAAGCACUGAGACCUGGCGACCCAGGAUUCUGUGCACGAGCCAGAGUGCCAUUACCAUCGAACCGUGACUAUGUUGUUAGACCAAAGUGGAAUGUGGAGAUUGAGACAAGCAGGGGAUCAGUAAAGAAAACAUUGAAUCGCCUCGACAAACAAAUGCGUCGAUUUCAAGAUAUCAAGAAAAUGACCAAAUCGUCUCGGGCAGUAAAGAUCAGCAUCGAAGGCAAUCGCAUGCCCCUGUGAUCCUUAUUUAUCAAUAACUGUACCUGGAGCUGAUGAAUGUAGUGCAGCAGUGUACAUACAAGAUUGUGUACUCCUACCCAUCCGGCCCAGUGGAAUCAAUAUACCUCCUCUGUUCUCUUCUGUUUUCAGGCAUUCUUUUUAACAGUGGUUUGUUGAAGUCUUGGAAUGUUGAACUACGGCUAGCUGUAGCAUCUGAGCCCUGGAUACCCUGUCGCCGUUCCUGACUGCAGCACAUUUGGUGAGCCCACUCUACACAUCAAAAGGAUAAGUUUUACUUAUCUGCAGACUGCAUGUAUAGAGGUUGGAUAGACUUUUUUUUUCUAAGCAAACUAGUGUCCAGCGUUAGAGGAACGCAGCUGCCUGGCAUGGAGCCAAGUUGCUGUCCAAUUAAAUGGAGUGCGGGGGGGGGAAAGAAAAGGACUUUCAUUAAAUAUAGAUGUGUGCUGUGUUUGGAUGUAUUAUUUGAAAUAUCUGCUGUAUCUGCCAGAUCAGCACACCUCUCACAUCGUUCUGGUCUUUAAGUUUUUCAGUAAGCCCUCAUUAACUGGAUGAGUCUGUAGGUGGAUAUCUUGGUUAAAGGUUGGGCUGAUCUUCUUGAUCAGGCAAUUUGUGAUGAAAUACAAUGUGAUUGUAGGCACAUGCCACAUUUUUUAAACAAAUAAACCCCUCUUUGUAAAGGUU